UAUCCGUCCGGCUUCAAUCCCACCUUCUCGCCAGUGGAAUUUCAUCUCAGCUUCUGCACCUUCAGGGCAGACGAGAACAUAAAAAUAAGCAAAAGCUGGCAGGCUGACGGGAACUUUCAUCUUUACAGGACGGAUUAUCUGGUAACUGACCAUUUAGCUGUGGCACACUCGGACUCUGUGUUAACGUGGGAUUUCGACCAUGAGCUCAGUCGCUGUACUUACGCAGGAAACCUUCAAUGCGCACCGCAGUGGGCUUUUGCCAGAGCAGGGUGGUGCUGCUGUGGCAGGACCCAGUGCUGGAGAGGAUGAGGAAGCCCUUCCUACCUACAAGGAAGCCUUCCCACCUCUCCCCGAGAAGGCGGCCCAACCUGAGGGGACCCAGGAAACUUCCAGCGCCUGGGCAUCAAAGAUCCGUCCUCUCAAGUCUUCGAUUAUCACCCAGGUUUUCCAUGUGCCGUUGGAGGAGCGCAAGUACAAGGACAUCAACCAGUUUGGGGAAGGAGACCAAGCAAAGGUUUGCGUAGACAUCAUGCAUAAGACCGGAGCCCACCUGGAACUCUCCUUAGCAAAAGAUCAGGGUCUCUCCAUCAUGGUGUCUGGAAAGUUGGAUGCCGUGAUGAAGGCCCGUAAGGAGAUUGUGUCCCGACUGCAGACUCAGGCUUCAGCUAGUGUUGGCAUCCCCAAGGAGCACCAUCGUUUUGUCAUUGGCAAAAACGGGGAGAAGCUUCAGGAGCUGGAGCUCAAGACUGCCACCAAAAUCCAGAUCCCACGACCUGACGACCCCAGCAACCAGAUCAAGAUCUCUGGUACCAAGGAGGGGCUGGAAAAGGCAAAGCAUGAGAUCCUGUUGAUCUCUGCUGAGCAGGACAAGCGUGCUGUGGAGAGGGUGAACAUUGAAAAAGUGUACCACCCAUUCAUCACCGGUGCCUACAAUAAGCUAGUGGGCGAGAUGAUGCAAGAGACUGGUGCCCGCAUCAAUGUCCCCCCUCAGAGUGUGAAUAAGACUGAGAUCGUCAUCACUGGGGAAAAGGAGCAGGUGGCCCUUGCUGUGACUAAGAUCAAAAAGGUUUAUGAAGACAAGAAAAAGAACACCACCACUAUUGCUGUGGAGGUGAAGAAGUCUCAGCACAAAUAUGUGAUCGGCCCCAAGGGAAACACCCUGCAGGAGAUUCUGGAUAGAACUGGCGUCUCAGUUGAGAUCCCACCUUCUGACAGCAGCUCAGAAACUGUCAUCCUUCGUGGAGAGCCCGACCGUCUGGGUCAGGCUCUCACUGAAGUUUAUGCCAAGGCAAACAGUUACACUGUUUCCUCGGUCUCAGCUCCUUCUUGGCUUCAUCGUUUCAUUAUUGGGAAGAAGGGCCAGAACUUGGCAAAGAUCACUCAACAAAUGCCCAAGGUGCACAUUGAGUUCACUGAGGGAGAAGACAAGAUCACCCUGGAGGGUCCUACCAAAGAUGUGCAAAUGGUGCAAGGCCAGAUUGAAGCCAUGGUUACAGAUUUGGUAAGUCGAAUGGACUACGCAGAGAUUAGUGUGGAUCCCAAAUUCCACCGUCACCUGAUUGGAAAAGGAGGUGUUAAUAUCAACCGGAUCAAAGAGGUGCACAAGGUGACUGUCCGCAUCCCCCCUGAUAAUGAAAAGAGCAACCUGAUCCGCAUUGAGGGGGAUCCCCAGGGUGUGCAGGAAGCCAAGAAGGAGCUGCUAGAGCUUGCGUCACGCAUGGAGAACGAGCGUACAAAGGACUUGAUCAUCGAACAACGUUUUCACAGGGCCAUCAUUGGCCAAAAAGGGGAGAAGAUUAAGGAAGUGCGGGACAAAUUCCCAGAGGUCAUCAUUAACUUCCCUGACCCAGCACAGAAAAGUGACAUUGUUCAACUUCGGGGCCCAAGAACUGAAGUAGAAAAAUGUUCAAAGUUUAUGAACAAGAUAGUGGCUGAAAUGGUGGAGAACAGCUAUUCUGUCUCAGUCCCCAUCUUCAAGCAGUUCCACAGAAACAUCAUUGGAAAAGGAGGGUCAAACAUCAAGAAGAUUCGAGAGGAAACGAACACCAAAAUUGAUCUGCCUGCUGAGAACAGCAAUUCAGAGAUGAUUGUCAUCACUGGGAAGAAGGCAAACUGUGAAGCAGCACGGACUCGGAUCUUGGCCAUUCAGAAGGAUCUGGCGAACAUCUCAGAAGUGGAUGUGUCCAUUCCCUCGAAGCUGCACAACUCCUUGAUUGGGUCGAAGGGACGUUUGGUGCGAUCCAUCAUGGAGGAGUGUGGCGGUGUGCACAUUCACUUUCCCACAGAGGGCUCAGGGAUUGAUAAGGUCACCAUCAGAGGCCCUGCAGAGGAGGUGGAGAAAGCUAAGCAGCAGCUGCUUGCCUUGGCGGAGGAGAAGCAAACAAAGAGUCACACUGUUGAGCUGCAUGCAAAACCAGAGUACCACAAAUUCCUUAUUGGGAAAGGUGGUGGAAACAUCCGUAAGGUUCGUGACAGCACCGGCGCCAGAAUCAUCUUCCCCACCCCUGAGGACAAAGACCAGGAACUCAUCACUGUGGUUGGCACUGAGGAAGCAGUGCGGGAUGCACAGAAAGAGCUGGAGGAACUCAUCAAGAGUUUGGACAAUGUUGUUGAGGACACUAUGAACGUUGACCCCAAGCACCAUCGCUACUUUGUAGCCCGCCGUGGCCAAGUCCUUAGGGACCUUGCUGAUGAGUAUGGUGGGGUUAUGGUGAGCUUCCCCCGCACAGGUUCUCAGAGUGAUAAAGUUACCCUUAAAGGAGCCAAAGAGUGUGUGGAAGCUGCCAAAAAACGCAUGCAGGAGAUCGUGGAGGACUUGGAUGCUCAAGUGACUAUGGAGUGUGUAAUUCCUCAGAAGUUCCACCGUUCAAUCAUGGGUCCUAAGGGCUCACGGAUCCAGCAGAUCACUAGAGAUCACAACGUGCAGAUCAAGUUCCCAGAACGCGAGGACCCACAAGCUGCACCUCCUGCGGAGGCUCCUGUCCAGGAGAAUGGAGAAGCUGACGGUGAAGUGAAGGAGCCAGUUGAUCCCAAUGCACCCAAGAAGUGCGAUGUGAUUAUAAUUUCUGGACGCAAAGAGCGGUGCGAGGCUGCCAUCGAAGCACUGAAGGCCCUGGUUCCUGUCACUAUUGAGGUGGAAGUGCCUUUUGAGCUUCAUCGCUACAUCAUUGGACAGAAAGGAAGUGGAAUUCGCAAGAUGAUGGAGGAUUUUGAGGUUAAUAUUCAAGUGCCUGCUCCUGAGCAGCAGUCUGAUAAAAUCGCCAUCACCGGCUUGGCCAGUCUUCUCGACCGCGCCAAAGAGGGCCUCCUGGAGCGUGUCAAAGAGCUGCAGGCCGAGCAGGAGGAUCGGGCACUCAGGAGCUUCAAGCUGACCAUCACUGUGGACCCCAAGUAUCACCCCAAGAUAAUCGGCCGCAAGGGUGCCAUUAUUACAAACAUCCGCACUGAGCAUGAUGUUAACAUCCAGUUCCCAGAGAAGAAUGAUGAAAACCAGGAUCAGAUUACUAUUACAGGGUAUGAGCACAAAGCCAUAGCUGCACGAGAUGCCAUCCAGGCCAUUGUGGAUGAGCUGGAAGAGAUGAUCUCUGAGGACAUCACCCUGGACAGCAGGGUCCAUGCUCGCAUCAUUGGCGCCCGUGGCAAGGGCAUUCGCAAGAUCAUGGAUGAGUUUAAGGUUGAUCUCAGGUUUCCCCAGAGUGGAGCUGCAGACCCGAACCUCGUGACAGUCACCGGUCGCCCUGAGCUUGUGGAUGAAGCCAUCGACCAUCUCCUCAACCUGGAAGAGGAAUACAUGGCAGAUGUUGUGGAAAAUGAGGCAAAGAUGGCUUAUAUGAGGCCUUCUGGCAGUAGCGCUGCUGCCGCGGACGAACAGCGUGGCCCAUCCAAAGGCUUCGUGGUGAGGGAGGCUCCCUGGGCUACUGCCAAUGAGAAGGCCCCUGAUAUGAGCAGCUCUGAAGAUUUCCCAAGCUUUGGAGCCCCAGUGGCAACCAAGGCCUCACCCUGGGGACCAAAGCGCUUCUAAGCCGUGCUGCUACAGACGGGCCUGAAAUAACCAACACAAUCUACCCCGUUAUUCUCCCCAACCCCCUCUUGACCUGGACUGACCGCUGACCCUAAAAGUCUUCAGUUCUGAGACUGUCAUCCUUCUGUCUACUUAUCUCGGUCUAGCCUCGCAGAUUCAGUCUAAAAGUGUUCUAAGAUACUGUAAUUGACUUGUGAGCUCUGUUUCUGCAUUAAAUACUGUCUUAUGCUUACAAAAAAAAAAAAAAAAAAAAAAAAAACCCAACCCAUUGUUGCGGUGAAGUCUACAGUCUGUAAAAGACCGAUGUUUAAAUGUUGAUUAGACAAGACAUUUCAUUGUGGUUUGAACUGUUAUACCAAAUUCAGUGGUGGCCAGACAUGAGGUUCUUUUUAUUUUAUUUUUUAAUUUUUUUUUAAAAAAAAUGUUGUGUUUUUUUUUUUUUUGUUUUUUUUUUUGAGCUGCCCUUAUCUUAGUUGCCUUCGCAGGGUGGGGUGAAGCAAUUGAAUUGCUGCUGGUGACCUAUUCAGGCAUGAAGCCUGGCCAGCGAGGCCAGCUGUUUCAGUAUCCCACCCCUCUCCUGCCUUAUUCAUGUAGCUGCGUGAAAAUUGUCAGUCAUUAGCCCUCAAGCACACUCUAGUGGUUGUCCUCCGUCAUGUCGUUCCAUUUGCUUGUAACUGUGCUUCUGUGUAUAUGGUCAAGUAGUGGCACGUACCUUGUAGCCUUAUGAAUUGGUGAACUUUUCAAAAGGGGUGUGGGAGGGGAAGAAUGGUGGGGAAGGGGGCGGGGGUGGUUUUAGCCAGUGCAGAAUGGCACCUACUCAAACUGCCAGAUGCUUGGAGAUCAUGCCAGAACUAAACCUCUUGCAACACUAGGCCUAGAGCUCCAACGUAUCCAACCUCACACUAACUGUUGGACCUAUAUAUUUUUUUUCUUUUCUUUUUUUUUUCUUUUUUUUUUUUUUUUUUUUUUUGACAUUCAAAAGUAAGUCACUCUACAAAAUAAAAUGACUGUGUGUUUGUGAUCAAAACAGCAGACCAUCGUGUGCCAACUACCUGUCUAGUGAUGUCCUGUGUUACUCAUCCUCUGUAUUGGGUCAGUGUCCAGUCCUUUUGUCUUCCAGUUGCUAUGCAGAUUGCUCUGUUAAAUAGCAAUGGCCCUUUUUAUUUUUAAUCAGCCUUACAACUAGAAAGAUACAAACCAGGUAGAGAUGAUGUUGAGGUGCAUUUUUAAUGGACAACUGGAAGGUAUGUCUAUUGUUUCCUCAAACUCUCGGGACAGUCCCGCCCCCCGCCUCUCCUCCUCAAUUACUAGUUUACUUUGCUCGAGUGCAGAUUUAGCUUGUCAGCUGCUAAUUCAACAUCUAGCAUCAGCCUACCUUGGUUUCUAUCCUCCUAGUAUUGAAUGAAAGAUUAUGCAAAUACCAUUGAAGUGAACGGUUAUGGAUGACACUGGAAAAGAAAUUGUCCAAAAAAGUCAAUAAAAAUUGAAAAUGC